AUGGAUGCAGAUACAAUCUUAUCACAUGUUCCUUUUACCACGUCUGGCUCGCUAGUCGAUUGUGUCGACAAAAAAGUGAUCAUCAUCUUGCGUGAUGGAAAGGAACAUGUUGGCGUUUUACGAUCUUACGAUCAAUUUGCCAAUCUUUUAAUCGAAAAUCCACAGCAAAAAUGCUUCGAUCUUGUUCGAGGAGAGAAUGUGGUCAUGAUGGGUGAAAUUGAUUUGGAUAAAGAAGAUGAAAUACCGACAGCAAUCUCAAAAACGCCAUCAGAGCAAGUUUCUAGAUCGCAAUAUGAAAAGCGAAAAGCCGACGUCCUUCGCAAAGUGUAUGGCUUCUCAGCAGAAGGUCAAGAAGGGGAUAGUUAUUGA